GAAGAAUAUGUCGAAAACCCCCCUCCCCCAUGAAGCUACGGAGUACGUACAUGUUUCUUCUUUUUUCACUUCUUUUCCGCAACUAUAAAAAGGCCCCAAAAUCAAUUAUCACAUUUGAAACUACAACUAAGCUACUAUCUACGUUAGAUAUACACUAUCUUAAACAAUCCCAAUUUGAUCAUUCUCUCCAAGUUCCAAAGCUACAGAGCAAUAUUGUGAUGGGGAGGGUUGUGGAACCACUUGCGGUGGGGAGAGUGAUCGGAGAGGUGGUGGAUAACUUCACUCCGACGGUGGCAAUGAGUAUUACUUAUACUAACUGUAACAAGCAAGUUUACAACGGGCACGAGCUGAUGCCGGCUGUCAUUGUUGCUAAGCCCCGGGUGGAUAUUGGCGGGGAAGAUAUGCGUUCUGCUUAUACUCUCAUCAUGACCGACCCGGAUGCUCCAAGCCCCAGUGAUCCUUAUUUAAGGGAACAUCUUCACUGGAUUGUGACUGAUAUUCCAGGAACCACAGAUGCUUCUUUUGGAAGGGAAAUCGUGAGUUAUGAGACGCCGAAGCCGGUCAUCGGGAUCCACCGCUACGUGUUUAUUCUGUUCAAGCAGAGGCGGAGGCAGACCGUGAAACCCCCAGCUUCAAGGGAUGGUUUCAAUACCAGGAGUUUCGCCGAAGAAAAUGACCUGGGAUCACCGGUCGCCGUCGCGUAUUUCAACGCCCAAAGAGAAACUGCCGCCAGAAGAAGAUGAGCCCAAAUGUCAAACCCGCUUAUAUGAUUAUCAGUAUAGUUUGUAGUCAUAUGGACUCAAUAAUUCCGGGGCAGUUGUUGCCCCCCCACGUGCCUACUUAAUGAGCAUUAUUACACUUCAGUCCUAUAUGGUUUGGUUAAUUCCUCUAAAUGAAGAUAAUUUGUAGUAGUUUAGUAGAACUUCCUGUCCAGAUCAUCUUCUUCUUUUUUCUUUUGUGUUUGGGUUGUAAUAAUGAUUCUGGGUUCAUUUCUACUGUUUACUAGACAUUAUUAAAGUAUAUAAUAAUUAAUU